AUGGCGCCUGCUCCUUCAUUGCAGUAUGCACCGAUAAAGGGUGUAGUGCAAGUCGCAUUGGACGAAGCUUUCAUUGAUCAACCAGCACGGCUUGGGCUUUUCAGUCUGUGUGUGAUAAAACGCCAGAGCUUGUGGCUUAUUGUGCUUGAUCAUACAGGCUGGUCUGUUUACAAGGUACGUCGGUGCUAUGAUCGCGGGUGUUUUGACACGCAUGAACAGGACAUCUCUAUUCCACGUGAUGCAUUCAUCGCACAUCGCUUCAAUGAUGUCGUGUGCCUGGCGACAUUAUCGGAAUACUAUCUUGUGAAUCUCGAGACGGAGGAACUGACUCCCAUUGCUCUUCCUAUAUCGCAGACAACUACUGUCGGCUCUGCACGCAAUCGGCCAUCGAUUGUCUCUAUGCCUGCAUACGACAACGAGCUCCCAUGUUUCCUCAUUACCUCGCACUCUGACCACAGUACCCUCGGAGCUUUUCUCCGUGUCGAUGGUGAACCAUCAGCCCGCUUACUUGAAUGGCCCUCGCAUCCACGGUCCGUUGUUUCGCACUUUCCAUAUUUAUUUGUGCUUCUGCGUGACAAUUCUUUGUACAUUCACAAUCUUUACACGCUUGAAAUCGUUGAAAAAGUGCGCAUCAAUUCGAGCAUGGAGCCUCGAUUCCUCUUGCAUGUACCCCCAUUACCGGGUUGGCUACCUCGCCGCCCAGGUGUCCCUAGUGCCCAGGUACUUCCAUCCGAUGCGUAUCCUGAGAUCCCAUCUUCAUCGUGCGUGCGUUGGGCGCCUAUAUCUGUGUUGUUUGUGUGUAAGCAUGCACUGCACUGCAUUGCUUCACGCACGCCCGGAAGUCAAGCGCUUCUUGCGCUUGGCUCGCCACGUGAGACUAGCAUUUUACGAGCGCCGUGCGAUGAUGAGGAAGUGCGUGCCGCUCUGCAAAUGCUGGGUGUAUACCACUUGAAGCACGCUCGCUUCGAACAGGCCCAGGCGUACCUCAUCGCUGGCUUGUUUCCACCAGCGAUGCUCUUGUGUAUGUGGCCAACACUGUUUGGUGGUCAGUACUCAUACGUAUGUGAAGCGGCAGCUGGUCUAUGGGCUUCACUUGCUCCUACGAUGGACGAACAUAUAUCCCAACAUGUUGCAUGGAAUUACUGUCCUCCCAUGGAAGACUCUGACCCUGUGCUUGACUUGCUGCGUCAGCAGCUCCGUUGCAGAGCACGAGCGAUGCUCUUGCAUGUCCUGCAAGCACGGAGGAAUGACUCUCCGUUGGUGUCAACAGCUGUGGUUCAACUGGCUCUGGAAUGCGAUCCCAAAACAUCGCUAGAGAGCCUGAAGCCAUUUUUGUCCGCUAGUAAGCUCGAUAUUGUAAAGGCAUUGGCGAUCCAACAUGAGCGUUAUGUGCUGGCUAUGCAUGUGUCUGCUGAACAUGGAGCAUUUUCGGAGGCUUUGCAUCUUGCGUGUCAGCUUUGGGAGCACUCGUUCCACGAUUCUGUCGAUACGUUAUCGGAAGACGACAUGAGAACGUAUGCAAAACACUUGUCCAAAUUAGACUUGGCCAAGUUCUGUCUUUGGCUCGCUCGACAUGAUAUGCCGCAACUGCAUCGAUAUAUUCAUCUUCAGUGGGAUGCACUGGCGGAUGACGAUGCAAAUUCCAUAUGGGAAGAGCUGCUAACGAUAUCGACACCUCGUGCUCAUGCGUACAUGGAGUCUAUAGUACUCGCUGGUCACCAUGUCACAGAUGCAAUGCGUCGCGUACUUGUCAAUCGACUCGUCCGCGCUUCUCAGCGUGAUAUAACAGCUCGCAAAAAGCUGCACGUAUGGCUAGAGUAUGGGCCAAGCUUGCAAAUUGAACCAUCGCUCCACGACUUACCAGUGAUGCGCGCGACUGUUCUUGCGCGAAAUAGCCAAUAUGGCGAGGCGCUCGAGCUUCUUAUUGAUGAGGCGCAUGACUAUGAUGCAGCUGAGCGAGUCUGUGAGUAUGGUCAUGUCUUGCCGCUAUACCUGGCUCGUGCUCUUGUGUGUGAAGAAUCGCUCUCCCUUUAUACCCGACUCCUGCCCGCCAGAGUGCGGAAUCCAAGUAAGGAAAAGCGCGCGCGACUUUAUGAGACGCUUCUUCACCUGUACUUGAGCCGCUGUCAACACGGCAGUGAGUUUCAUGAACCGACCAUGCGUUUGUUAAACACCUGUGCAUCGCAGUUUGAUCUUCUAUAUGUGCUGUCGCGCGUGCCUCCAAAAUGGUCAGUGCAAAGUUUGUCUCAGUUCUUACAGCGAUCUCUUCAAGAGCAGUUGCAUGCGCGUCGGUCUAUGGAGAUGGCCAAGUCGUUAGCGCUGAAGUCGAGCUUGAAUGCGCAUGACACGUUUUGGCGCAUGUCUCGCGCGAUGGGCGGCGUCGUCGAAAAUGAGCCGAGCACGUAUGAUAGAGCUGAUGUGGAAAUGCGUCCGUCUCGACGCUCCUGA